AUGCCAUCUUCAAAACGCAAUCGUGUCAUCCCGACGUCCAAGACACGCAAGAACCGAAAGGAUCUCGUCCGUCGACUAGCCGCAAAUGUGCAAGAAGCCGCCGAAAAGUACUCCUACAUUUGGGUUUUUGACGUUCAGAACACUCGCAACAACUUCUUGAAAGAAGUCAGAACAGAAUUUGAUGACUCAAGAAUCAUGAUGGGAAAGACAAAGGUGAUGCUGGUAGGCUUGGGUGCUACUCGGGAGGCCGAAUGUGUUCCUGGAGUGAGUGCGUUGGGUCCAUAUGUGAAGGGAGACAUUGGACUAUUGUUCACAGACCGAGAACCAGCUGAAGUGGAGGAAUACUUUACAAACUUCUCCAAUGUUGAUUUUGCCAGGAGCGGCACUGUCACUUCUCAAGAAAUCAGAAUACCUGCUGGCGAACUUCACACCCAGUACGGCGUUGAUGGCGGUGAAGACGAUCCACUUCCUAUUCAGAUUGAGCCAACUCUGCGGAAACUCGGCAUACCUACACGGUUGGUGAAAGGGAAAGUAGUUCUGGAAGAGCGACCAGAUGGCUCAAUGGAGGACGAGGACGGCUAUUUGGUCUGCAAAGAAGGAGACACACUUGACUCAAGGCAGACGUCCAUCCUCAAAAUCCUUGGUGUCCGCCUAGCUGAGUUUAAGAUCGAGCUGAAAGCUGUUUACAGCAAGACUGAUGAGACUGUGCGAGAACUUGGAGGAAUGGACGUUGAUGUGGCCGCGGACUGA